UGUCCGUGCCCGACCCCUCUGUCAGGUCCGACCUCUCGCAUCGGAGCUCUCUGGGUGUGAGAGUCAAGUAUAGUGAACAGACUCUUGGCAAAGUGAAUCGUCAUAAUACUUGAGACUUUCUAAGGCAGGACUCUGUGGUACACGCGCCCACGGGCCGAUCCUCUCACGCGAGAGUGUCAGCUUGCACGGCAGAGGGGACUUUGCGGGCGUGACAGAGUUACGGCUCACGAGGUGGGGGGUUAUCCUGGGUCCCCGAGCUGUCAUCACAGGCCCUUAGAGGGGACACAGGACGGUCAGAGUGCGGGGAGCAGGUGACAGGAUGACACAGCUGGUGUUGGAGUGAGGUCCGUUGAAGGAGGAGGAAGGGGCCAUCUGCCGAGGAGCACAGGUGGCUGCUGGAAUCCGCCAACGGCCGUACGGUUCUGCCCGGCGCCUCCCGACCGCUGACCCAGGCCUGGCUGUGCACUUCUGGCCUCCAAGGUGCGAGGCAAGAAAUGUCCAUUGAUUUAAGCUGGUCGGCGUGUGGCAGUUUGUGGCAGCGGCCCCGGGAGCUGGCGGUGACGCCAAAGGGGUAUCUUGUCAGCUUUGCCCUACACCAGUUUCACGUCCUGAACUGAUGUCCUGAGCUGACAAGCCUGCAGAAUCCCAAACAGCAGCCGCCGAGGUCCCGCAGCCCCCAGCGGCUGUGCUGGGUGGAGGAGCGGGCAGGGGAGGUCCCCGUCGGGGCGCGACUCGGGCCCAUCACCACCCCGGCCUUUGUGUGCGGGGCCAGCUGUGCCGUGGCUGAUACCCGGGCCCCGCCGCUCCAGCCAGGGCCGCAGUGAAAGCCGGGCAGCCCCUGCCGUGCAGUGCAGGAGUGUGAAUCCUCACGAGAGGUCGUGCUCUGGAACCGUGACCUCGAACGGAGGAAAAACACCUGCUAGCCAGGUCAGCUCUCCCAGUGAGGAGCCACAUGCGGAGGCAGGCUAAAGUCUCUUCAUUCCACGAAGGAAUCUGGGGUUGGUGUGGGGGUGGAUUGGGGACCAUGAGACAGUCUCAAAGUUCCAAGCUCCUGUCCCCCUGCACCUUCCCUGGGGUGCACCUGCUGUCUGGGGAGGAGGAUGAGGCUGGAGGGGAAUCGAGUGGAUUUGAGCAGAUGGAGGGAGCAGGGCAGGUACGGUCACUGGUUCAGGGACUUGAGCAGCACGAAGGGGACUGACGUAAGCUGCAAGGGCCGCUGAGUUGGGCAGAAAGAUCUUUUAAUAACUUUUUAAGGGUAGGAGGUCUGGAUGAGUUUAGACGCAGAAUGUAAGGAACCCACACGAGGAAAGAAGACGAAUUACGAGAUUCCAGAACCCUAAGACUCCAGGAAGGGAUGGGGCUGGGGUCAGGAGUACAAGGGAGAGAGCACCCUGUCCUCCGGGGCUGGCCCACAUUCCAGGCCUGGGGAAGGAGCGAGAGCAGGGGCUGCCCACGGCUUCCACUCAUCCUGUGACCGCACCCACAGGGAGUCUGGGAAGCGUGGUUCUCCUGGGGAGCAUAUGUCUAGCUCAAACACAGGAGCCCCAGUACCAGCAAGCAAAAGGGGGGACCGAUCCCGGGGGACAAAGCCAUUUCUGCGUGGGCUUCAGAUAUAAGCCCACAUGGCUGUGAAUCCUGGCUCUCCUUUCAGGCCAUGAAUUCCACCUCCCCGGGCUUCCUUCUUCCAUAAAAUGGGACUGGGGCAGCCCCAGGGACCACGGUGCACACAGGGCACAGUGCUACGUAAGCAGCAGCAGGGUUCCCACCCCCCUUUCUGCCCUAGGGAAACCAUUGUACCUGCACAUCGGGGAGGAGAUCGACGGUGUGGACAUGCGAGCUGAGGUCGGACUCCUGACCCGGAACAUCGUGGUGAUGGGGGAGAUGGAGGACAGCUGUUACCCCUACAGCAGCCACAUCUGCAGCUUCUUUGACUUCGACACUUUCGGGGGCCACAUCAAGUUUGCCCUGGGCUUUAAGGCAGCGCACCUGGAGGGCGUGGAGCUGAAGCACAUGGGGCAGCAGCUGGUGGGGCAGUACCCCAUUCACUUCCACCUGGCAGGCGACGUGGACGAGAAGGGAGGCUACGACCCGCCCACAUACGUCCGCGAGCUCUCCAUCCACCACACCUUCUCUCGCUGUGUCACCGUGCACGGCUCCAAUGGCUUGUUGGUAAGUACCUCCUUCCUGGGGAAGCAGAGGGCCCGUCCACGAGUUCCCUUCCUCCAAACAUUAGUGCUGGAUGGAGGUUUGCAUCGGACUUUUAGUCUGGGGCCAUCGGGGGUUGAACCAUCCUUGACCUGGAGUUUAGAGUGGUGUCAGUUGAGAGCAGGUCUCCAACUGAUAGAGGAAAGAGGAAACAGGGCAGAGGUGUGCCCUUGCCAAAGGGCCCCGAGCCAUGGAGGUGGGGAGCUGGCAGUGGCCACUGGGACUCUAGUUCCCUCUGUGCCUCUUUGGAGUGAUGGGUGGUCCGAGGGUCUUUCCGAGGCUGUGUGGCAAGACAGUCCCGCUAGUGCAGACAAGGGGCUCGUGCUGAGACUGCACCACGGGCUCUGUCCCACGGACUUGCAGGGGCCGCACGGGGCCUUGUCUCCCGUUGCAGCAAGCGUCCUUCAGAGCAGACAGUGCUGGGAGGAGUGGCUUCCCUGGCAAGGAGGGGAAUGUGCCAGAGCCUUGUGUGGGUUUACACAGCCGGCUUUUACACUAAACUGAUUCUUAUGUAAACAA